AUGGAAAGAGACUUAAAUGACAGUAGGGCUGUGAUGCAGCGCGACGCCGGGGAGAAAGACACCUUUUCGCUUGAGCUGUUAAUUGCUCUUGAGAGAUGGGCGGGCUCCAAGUUGUCUGAGUUAAAUCGAGCUGUAAAAACACAUCAGCACACCCGCACCCAACAUACGCGCAGGGCUGCCAUGUCGGUUAUUGGUACCUCACAGCAUGUAGUAGAGGAACUCGCUAAGGUGAUAGCAAUGGUCCACCAACAAAAGAAACAAAUGACUGAAGGGGCUUUGCCCACAUCAUUCGUUACACUUGUGGCACAACUUGAGAGUCAUCGUGCUGCCAUUUGCAGGGCUCUUCCAGCAGCGGCUGCUGCAGUUGAGGCUAGCGGUGAGGAAAGCGCCGCCGAAAAGGUGAAUGCAUUGCGUUCACUCAUGCACACGCGAUCUAUUCUGAACGCUGAACUCCAUAAAGUGCAGGGCGCUGUCAAGGAGCUUGCGGGAAGUUCGGAGUCGCUAGAAGUGCUGCAUGGUGCGUUGCAGAAUGUCAAUGCGACUGUUGAAAUUGCCCAGAAGAUGGUGGGGAAAUUAUUAUCCAUAAAGACUGUGGAUGAUAUUGUGCUGCGUGUCUCUCUCUUCUGCUUUGUUCUUGUGGUGGCGUACAUAAUAACUCAGCGGGUGUUCGGCUUCUUUCCGUCUGUGGUUAGGCGAUGA